AUGUUUACCAGCUUCACAGGCAACACGCGAAAGGCGCGACAAGUAAACCUCGGCGGAAAGAAGACAAAUCCCUUCGGCCCUCCCGGCUCCGGUGCCGGAUCACAAGCCGCUCUCGACCGUGCACAGCAAGAUCGAGCGCAACGACAGCGAGAACGAGAUACGUUGAAUGCGGCUAAGCGGAUACAGAAGGUAUGGCGGGGUCAUUCCGCCAGGAGAGAUGUGGCAGAUGAGCUACGGGGUGCGUGGGAUCGAGUAGAGGAAUCGAACGGCGCUUCGCAUAUGGUGGCAUACGAAUCGGAAGAUGAAGCCUUGGCUCAAUUACAGCGUCUGCUUCGCUUCGCUUCCUCACGAAGCGAUGAGGAUGUGAGAAGGAUACAGCACUUUGCAUCACGGCAGCUGGAAACAGUCAAGAAGCUGGGCAUUACUUCGAGCGGGCCGUGGCCGUGGGCAUAUCUAAGGCUGCAGCGGAUAUUACUGGUCGCCAUGCAACGGCAGCUUCAGAAGACCUCGUUAGUGCAAUGGCAGCAGGUUAGAGCCUCUGUAGUCGUAUUACAGUUUCUCGCAGACCAAAUUCCCGCCGAAACGUCCCAGAACGCCGAACAAUACUACCGCACCCUCGCACUUGUCGUAUCCACGUUUACCCCAAUACUCGAAGCACACAACGACGGGUCAGACAUAAGUGAUACCGUGGGCAGAGCGGCCAUCUCACCGAUGAAGCGGGUGACUGGCUACACACUAGAAGCUUAUGAAGCUUUUGGGAUACACUUUUUGACUUCACCGAUAUUAGGAUCAGACUCGACGUCACCGUACUUACAAAAGUUCCGCGACUCGCUUGCCGACUCGAUCAACUACAAACUCCUCGCCAAUGCACUAGCAACUCUGUCCAAGAAGACGGGACUACAAAGCAAAGCCGAGUUGAAGAGCGCGUCAAGUCGAUUGCGAUUGCUGGGAAACUUCAUCUACCUCCACCGCUACGCCCACAACUUUGACACCCUCGAAGCGUACGCCGUCCACAAAGAUUUCGUAGCCGUCGUCUCUGUCCUGUUAAACUCCCUGCCAGUCAGCAUUGUCGAUGAUGGUCAUCCGAUCGCCGAGCUUUCGGAAGACGGCUCCGAAGAAGACUCCGGGGCAGUGUCAAGUUUCCUCAGAGAGCAAGUUGGCUCGCUGGUACACCAGGAAGGCAUUGGCAGUCUCCUAGCCGGAUCUUCACAGUCACCCGAAGCUUCAGACGAUGAGAAGAUCGAUGAAGCGCGCCAGCUUGCAAACUACGCACUCGCGUUACUUCGAUUCUUUCCUCGCCGGGGCGACGAGAUACGGAUGUGGCUGUACAUUGGCCCAUCGGAAGCGUCUGGAAAAAGUACGAGGAAGCUUCCAGCGAUCAGAUACUUCUGGGAGGCAUCGAAACGAUCAUCAGUGUUCACCACAAUAUUCAAGGAUUCACGGGCAGCUAUCGGACUACUGAAGCCAAAGUCGUCGAACACAAAUGGCUCCGACCGCCCAGGGACAUCUGGACUGACGCAUCAUGGUUUCUGGCAGCCAGCGCAACAACAGGUAGAUCGCGAUGCAGUCACCACCGACGAGUGGCGGGUCAUUCUAGUGUUCCUUGAACUAUAUACGUUUGUACUCAAAGUUACCGAUGACGAGGAGUUUUUCACAUCCGGACAAAAGGACGUCUACUCUGGCCAGAUUCGGGAUAGUGGCUUGCCCUUGAGCGAGGUGAAGGAUUUAACGACUUUCCUGAAGAACUUAGGCUUCACGCUUUACUUUAACGCAGUAGACAUUACAAGCUCGGAAGAGGAUACUAGAAGUAACGGUACAAGCCUCAACUACUUCAACCCGCAAUUAAUGGACAACCAAGCCCAAAAAGAGCAUACUGAGCCAUCGAUAGGUGGUGUCGCGGGCUUGAGGAUUGAUUAUGUCAAAGGCUUGGUGACUGGACUUCUUCGCAUGGUAUACGAACGGGACUCGCGGCGCAAGUUUUUGCCUUCAGAUCACUGGUUGAUGGUUUCGCGGUUCGACAUGACUGGGUUCAUUCCGGCUGUAGUUGAAGAGGAGGAGUCGCGGCACAAGAUUCAAGAGGAAGACGCAGACGAUCACGACGAUCUGGAAGAAGAAGAGUUUGAUGAUACACCACAACUCAUCGGCACUAGUCGGACGCAACAACAACGGCGCUUGGAGAAACUACAACGGCAACAACGCAAGGCCUCGCGGAGACGGUACCUGCAAGCUGUGGCGCCACGUCUCGAAAUCCUCCAGAACAUGCCAUUUUUCAUACCCUUCACCACUCGGGUCCAGAUCUUCCGCGAGUUCGUCAAGCUCGACAUGAUCAAGCGAAGAGGAUCUGCUGAUCCUGAGUUCUGGCGGUUCCGGACCAUGCAGCAGCCAAACGCACGAAGUCAACUAGAGAAACACACAGCAAGGAUCAGGAGAGAGAACGAAUUUGACGAUGCUUUUGAACAGUUCUAUGAGUUGGGUCAAGGCUUGAAGGAACCAAUCCAGAUUACCUUCAUGGAUCAAUUCGGCGCUCCUGAGGCUGGUAUCGACGGUGGCGGCGUCACCAAGGAGUUCCUGACCAGUGUCACUAAUCGAGCGUUCAUGCCAACGGACUACAUCGACAUGUUUGUUGAGAACGACCAACAUCUGUUAUAUCCAAACCCUGCAGCAGUCGAAGAACACAAAGAGGCUCUCCGACAGGCUGGUCUACGUGAGGGUUCGCAGGAGUAUCGUGCUCAAAUUACUGAGCUGCUGCAGCGCUACGAGUUCCUUGGACGUAUCAUCGGUAAAUGUCUCUAUGAAGGCAUUCUAGUCGACGUCAACUUUGCGCCGUUCUUCCUGCGCAAGUGGGCGCUCACAGGUGGCACCGGCUCCGCCCCCAACGAGUCCGGCUACCGUCCCACCCUCAACGACCUCCGCGAUCUAGACGAAGAGCUGUACCAAGGCCUCCACAAGCUAAAAACCUACCCGGGUGACGUGGAAGACUUCUCGCUCAACUUCACCGUGACCGACACUGUCAUCGUAGAUCACACCACCUCGCCCAAGAAAACCAAAGCCAUCACCAAAGACCUGAAACCAGAUGGCUCCAAUACUCCUGUCACCAACCAAAACCGACUUGUCUACAUCAGCUACAUGGCUCGCCACCGUCUGCAGAACCAACCCUACGCCCAAACCGCCGCAUUCCUCCGCGGCCUCAGCACCAUGAUCCAACCCUCUUGGCUCUCCAUGUUUAACCAAUCUGAACUCCAAACCCUCAUCUCAGGAACCCGCACCUCCAUCGACAUUGAAGACUUGCGCAAGAAUACCAUCUACGGCGGUACCUAUGUGAUCGGCGACGACGGCCUUGAACAUCCCACCAUCCAACUCCUCUGGAAAGUCAUGAAGGAAAUGUCCGAUGAUGAGCGGCGUGCGGUGCUCAAGUUCGUUACUAGUACACCCCGGGCGCCGCUGCUAGGGUUUGGCACGCUGAAUCCGAGGUUUAGUAUCAGGGAUGCAGGGAGAGAUCAGAGUAGAUUGCCGAGUACGAGUACGUGUGUCAACCUGUUGAAGUUGCCGAUGUAUGAGGAUGAGGGUACGCUGAAGGAGAAGUUGUUGUAUAGUGUUUUCAGCGGGGCUGGAUUUGAUUUGAGCUAA